UUUCUAAGUAGAAUCUCCUAUUUAAUGCAGGAAGAUUUGCGCAAAAGCAUCGUAGACCAGGUUAAACAGUCUGAUGUUCUUAAUCAUGAGGGGUCUGAGGACUUGAAACCAAGACAGCUUUCAGAUGCUAUUUACCAAGAGCUUGGGAGAAAAAUCAUGGGCCAGAUCUCUGAUGAGAUAUGGAAGACCAUCCGGUUAAAUGAUAGCAUAAAGGAUGAUAUCAGAAGUACUGUAGAACAUGUUUUCAACAAGAUGGUCGGCACUGAAGCCCAGGGGACUCAAGUUUCUACUAAUUCCUCUUUCUCCCAUGAAAGUCAAAUCGCUGGAAGGGAAGCUAAUGGUAUUAUUAAAACCUCGAUGACAACUCCUACAAGAGAAGCAAAUAUUCUGAAUUCAAACGAAACUAGUGAACCUGGGGCCUUUGCUUCCAGUGUUGACAAAAUUGAUGUAAGUAUAAGUUCAGAUCUACAGGAGAAUGAACACAGUCCAGGUUUAAUUCAAAAUACAGAGGAGUUAUUCAAACAAGCAAAAGAUCGUCCACCAGGAUUAGGCUCGAGCCAUGGUAGUGGCGAUGGUGGUGGUGGUGACGCUGAUGAUGAUUCUGAUCUUCCUCCAGGAUUCGAUUAAUUAUUAUGUGUGGACACCAAACGCCGUCCGGAGAACAGCCAAAAUGCGCCAUGUCACCUCUUUGUUCGGCACUGCUCGGUAUCAUUGAUGUGGCACAAUCUGGAUGUGGCGCAUUCUAGUUGAUCUAUAAUCGGCAUUCUGCAUCCAAACUCUGCAUAGAACAAUUUCUCCCAGGAUUCAACUAGUUAUUACUGCUAGGUUUGUUAUUUAGUGUCAAAGAGAGUUGAAGAGAGAAAAGAGAAUCACAAUGAUAAAAAGGUUUAGUGUGAUGUGCUGUGGGCAAAUUUGUUAUUUAUAUUUGUAGAUGUUAUUUUCAUGAAAAUUUUGUCUUUUUAGA